AUGCAUGUGAGGAACAACAUCUUGUGCACUUCGCAGAUGUCUGGCGUUGAACUAGCCGGUCUAAUCCUUGGGUGCCUACCUAUCCUCAUACAAGGCAUCGAAAAAUAUAAUGAAGGUCUGGAUCCAGUCAAAAGCUUCCUGCGAUGGGAGAAGGAGCUCCCAGCAUUGAUACGCAAGCUCCGCAACCAACAUGUCCAUUAUGCGCAAACAAUCCGGAUACUUCUCGAGCCCAUCACGUCCGAGUUUGAGCUCGCCGAGAUGCUCUCCGGCUCGGUGGCCAUGUGGAAGGAUAAAAGCAUGGACUUGAAACUGCAGGAGAAGUUGCAAGACUCGUAUCAUGCGUACCAGAGCACGAUUACAGACAUAGAGAGGAUAACAAAACGGAUUGCCUCUAAACUAGAUCUCGAUCGUGCUUCCGAGCUAUCGCGUAAUGAUUUGGAAGCUCUCAUCGUCGCAAACCCAAAGAAGGAUAACGACAGGUUCGAAUUCCGAAAACGCGUCAAGUUUGGCAUGUCAAAGAAGAGUAUCAAGGCUUUACUGGAAGAGUUGGACGACUGCAAUAAAGAAUUGGAGCGGUUCACCGAGAAGAGCGAGAAGAUUGAAUCAGUCCGGAAGUCGGUCAAGCCAUCAUUCGCAAACGGUUUGCAGCGCAUUCAAAAGUAUGCCACUGGAUUACACGAUACCCUCUCAGUUUGUUUCUCGUGCGCCUGCAAAGCAUCUCAUACGACAAGUCUGCAACUGGAGCAGCGGAGCACCUUAUUUGCCUCGGGAAGAAAAGCGAAGACAACGACAAAAACCUCGUUCAAUGUUUCUUUUUCCAGCAUCCCCGAGGAUGCUCAGCAGGUGUGGAAUUGGCAGGCAGCAGAGAUCGUGGUAGAAGACGAGGACGAAUACGAAGACCUUCUCGAGCCCCAACCUGGACAAAAACCAAGAAUGACCAAAUCGGUCAGCUUUGGUGAUAAACCACCUCCACCUUAUUCUCCAGACGACCCUGAGAUUGCCAAACCGCCGCUGAUGGAAGAGGUUAGAGAUCUGUGCGCAUCUAUACAGGGGCUAUACAAGACUGCUCCGUGUAUCGGGUUUUCAUUCGACACAAAAAGUAAACUAAGAGGGGCCUAUCCGGUGCAGAAAGUCAGUACAGAGCCUACCGCGACGGGUUUCGUGAGCUUGGAAGAGCUUCUGAACAAACCCCCAAUGGUCAACGGACGACCUGCAAAACUCAGCAAGAAGGAGCGGUAUAGUCUUGCAUUGACAUUGGCAAGUAGUACGCUGCAGCUCAAUGCCACACCGUGGCUCCCUUCCAGUCAGUGGGGCACCAAAGACAUUGUAUUCCAUCGAACUGGCAAUGGACCCCGUCUGUUGGAUAUCGAUCGCCCGUACAUAUCACCCACUGACGCAGUAAAAGCAUUGACGAACUGCACCGGUCCAAAAACCCGCGGCUUCAAGAACAAGAACACAGUCUUGCUCGCGCUCGCGGUGGCUCUCUUGGAGCUCUACUUUGGCAUCAGCGCCGAGAAACAUUGCGAAUUGGAGCAGGCGGAUGGCAACCCCACCUCGAAUCCGUGGACGCUAUGCGCAAUGGCGUAUGAAUGGGCAGAUGAGGAGCAAGAGAAUCUCUCGGCUGCGUUUUCCACAGCAGUCAACCACUGCUUGAAAUGCUUUUCCGACCCGAGCGCCAGCCUGAGCGAUCCCGACUUUCUUCAAGCAGCCGUUGAGUGCAUUGUGCUGCCACUGCAGGACGAACUGUAUCAGUUCUUGGGCAAGAGCGGGCCGUAG